AUGGCGCCUCGCGCGUCGGCGCGUCCGCGCCUCGCCCGCGUCGCGCGCGGCGUCGUCAUCGCAUCGCUCUGCGCCGUCGCGCGCGCGGCGAAUUUGACGCAGAUCGCGUCUCCGUUCGCCGACGUCGACGCGCGAACCGUCGAAUUCAUCACCCCCGCGGCGCACGCGUCGUCCGCGCCGUCGGCGCUGUCGACGAUCGCGUACGUCCUCGGCGCGCGAACGAUCAGCGCGCUGACGCUCACGACGUCGCCGGUGACGCUGACGACGAUCGCGACGCUCGACGAGGACGCGACGCCGUGCGAAGGGCUGUUCGCGUACGAGAGCGCGCGGGACGGCGUCGCGGCGGGAAAUCGAGCGCGCCUGGCGGUGACGUGCGCGGGAACGAAUUCGUUGUUGAUAUACGGCGUCGAUGGCGAUGGAACGCGAGCGACGAAAGCGAGACAGAUACACGCGGUGAAGAACGCGACGAGAAUCGCGGAGCCGACGGAUGUGGUGGUGGUGAACGGGACGCUGGCGUUCGUGGCGAGCCGAGCGCACGCGCGGGUGGUCUUCGUGAAGUUGGAUCCGAACGAAAACGACGCGCCGACGAUCACGGGAUCGACGUAUCAGCUCUCGGGAAUCGAUAAAAUACAGUUAGGACCGUAUGAUAGGCAAACGCUGCGGACGAUGAGCGGGAUGACGCGGAGAGUGACGACGUUAAAGUACACCUCGGCGGGGACGAUGCAACUCGUCGGGAGCGUCAAGGAUAGUCGGUUGGAGAGCGCGAGCGGCGCGUGCGUGGGGGUGGGGGGCGGCGAACGCGCGUACACGUACGUGGUGACGCCGACGUUGAAUGGGGGGACGUUUUCGAUAUUUAACAGCUCGACGUACGGCGCGCCCGAGUAUUUGAACGGGGUGCACGCGGGGCGACUCGCGCCGAACGAACCGUCGGAUGGCUUUGAGUUAGCGCCGGCGGCGAACCGAGAUUUAUCGGGCGCGCGCGACGUUAGCGUCCACGGCACCACCGCGUACGUCGCCGCCAAAAGUAUCGGUGCCAUCGUCGUCGUCGACAUCACCGACCCGAACGUACCAGUCGUGUUGGAAAAGGCUCGAUCCUCCGCCCUCGCCGGCGUCGACCGCGUCGUCGCGUCGCCCGACGGCGUCUUCGUCGUCGCCGCCGUCAACGCCACCGACGAUGGCGCCAACGCCACGAUCGUCAUCGCUAGCAAAGACGACACCGCCAUCGCCAAGCACGGUGCGUACACCGGCGCUAAGAAGCGCCGACGCCUAUUCUCCUCGUCAAAGGUGCACUUUCCGAACGCGAAUUACGAUUACGACGUCAAGACAAAGGUGGCGACACCCACGCGGUAUCGAGUGAAGUUGCCGAAAGGGUACGAUGGGAACAGGAAAGAGCCGUACGACGCGUUGAUUUGCGUGCCGGGAGAGGCGGGAUUCGGGCCGAGGGAGGGGAAGGUAUCUUUGACGUCGAGCGUGGCAAAGAAGAAGUGGAACGACGCGAAGGAUGUAAUUUUGGUUGAGUUGGCGUUUAACACGCCGACGUGGCUGAACGAUUCGGCGUCGAUGAACCACGAGAGCUAUUUGCUCAAGGUGGUGUUGCCGCACUUCUUGGCGGCGCACAACGUGGGCAAGAUGUCGCUUCUUGGCUUUGGUUCAGGCGCGUACGGGGCGCUGAGUUUGCUCAUGCGACGUCCAACGGCAUUUCACGCCGUUAUCGCCGCUGAUGUACCGAUCUUAGGUGGGUUUAAGAUGAUAGAGCGAGCGUGGGGACGCGAAGAUCUCGAGCGCGAGGCGAACUGGGGGUCGUGGAACGAGGCGUUCCCGCAAGACGACGACUGGACCCCGUACGACGUCACCACCAUCGCACGCGACGCGUGGGUUCGCGACCAUCUCAACGCCACUGAAUUGUCUAGAAUCGCUCUCAUCCCCGGGAGCAAAACUGCGAACGAGCUCGGCGACUUUGCUCGCCAACUCGAAGCCGCCGGCGUCGCGCACGACGUCAUCGAAGGUUUCGAGAGCGUCGACAUUCAUCACGAGGGCGAGUGGAUCGAUGCCGCCCUCGGAUGGCUCGCGCCGAGACUCGCGUAA